GAGUGUAUUUUGUAGAAGGCCUCAGAAGAGAUCCAGAGAACAUCGGGAAUGGCGUCUGCUGCUCUAAUAAACGAGCUGAGCUGCUCCAUCUGCCUGAACCUUUAUACGGUGCCGGUGUCACUGAGAUGCGGACACAACUUCUGCCGGGAUUGUAUUGUGACUGCUCUGGAUACACAGGAGGGGUCCGGAGUUUAUUCCUGUCCGGAGUGUAGAGAUGAGUAUGUAGAGCGCCCCACUCUGGAGAAGAACAGGAAGCUGUGUAACAUUGUGGAAAACUUCAGAUCUACACAACUAAAGGAGGAGAAAAGUGAGAUCAUCUGUACAUAUUGUGUGGAUUCUCCAGCAGGUGCUGUCAAGACUUGUCUGCAGUGUGAGACUUCUAUGUGUGAUAAACACCUGACAGCCCACAACAAGGCAGUGGACCAUGUGUUGACGGAACCAACUUCAUUCUUCAGUAGUAAAAAGUGCUCCAUCCACAAGGAGCUUCUGAAGUAUUACUGCUCCGAGGACGCCGUCUGUCUAUGUGUGUCCUGCUGUCUGGUGGGGGAACAUAAAGGACACGAAGUGGAACUUCUAGAAGAGGCUUUGGAGAAGAAAAAGGAGAAACUGAGAAAUGUUCUACAAAAACUGACCACAGAGACAACGGAGAAGAAAAUUCUGAAUCUACAGGACCAGAAGAGAAAAGCACAAGAAAAAGCUGAUGAUGAGAAGAAGAGAGUCACUGACCUGUUUGAGGAUAUCAGGAGACAGCUGGAGGUCCAGGAACAGAGAGUCCUGAGUGAGAUCUCCAGACAGGUAGAGGAGGUCUCAUUGUCAGUCACUCAUCUCAUCAAACAGUUGGAGAUACAGAAGGACGAGCUGUCCAGGAAAAUUGGUCACAUUGAGAAGUUGUGUAACAUGACCGACCCAAUAACUGUCCUACAAGAUGAGGAAUUGAAUGAAGGGGACGAGAAUGUUAAAGAAUCUUCUAUUCGUGAUCUGGAUGAUUUUAUGAUCUCUUUUGUGUUGCACAGAUCUAUAACUGAUCUUAUCACUAAUAUACAAUUACAAACCCGCUUCAAUAUACAGGAUGGAAGAGAUCUGCUAUUGGAUGUAAACACAGCCGAUACAUUUGUGGCUUUAUCUGAUGACCUGAGAACAGCAUCCAACACUGAAACAGAAAAAAUUAGACCAGCAUUACCACAGAGAUUUACAGAAUAUGGUCAGGUGAUGAGUAUGGAGAGUUUUUCCCAUGGGAGACAUUACUGGGAAGUAGAGGUUGGUGACUGUGGGGAUUGGGAUGUGGGUGUUUGCUAUCCCAGUAUAGAGAGAGAUGGUGAUGAGUCUUGUAUUGGGAACAAUAACAAGUCCUGGUGUCUCUUCACAUGGGAAAAUGAAUCUGGAUAUCUACAUGACUCUCGAUGCCAGAAAAUAAACCUGGUGUCUCCUGCGCAAAGAUUGGGAAUAUAUUUGGAUUAUGAAGGCGGCCGUCUGUCCUUCUACCAGUUGAGUGACCCCAUCAGACACCUCCACACCUUCACCACCACCUUCACCGAACCCCUCCAUGCUGCUUUCUGUGUGGAUAAGGGAGCCUGGGUAAAGAUUGUUUCUCCGGUGUUUUCUAUAGCUGUAGUUUAAUUUUGCUUAUAUUUUGCCCCCCCCCCCCCCCCAUAUCAACAUAUU